GAAAGGUGUAGGCCGUGGGGAGCCGUAAAGCAGAAGUCACGGUGGUAUUUUCCGGAUAACAAGCCAUUCACAAAGAAGAUACUCCAUAUUUUUUCGUGCUUUGUGCUUCUCCAUCUGCGUGCUUCAUGAACAUACUAAGAUAAUGUCGUGCCCGCCCGGCUUCCAGACGGUCCGUAUCGCCAAAGCCAAGAACAAACCGGGGAGCUGCUGUGAUAAGUACGAAUGCGUUCCGUUAGAGUACGACUGCUCGCAUGUCAAGUGUACGAAGCCGUCGGUCGAGAAGUGUCCGAGCGACAGCUACCGUCCCCCGGAAGUACUGCCUGAACACGGAUGUUGUCCAAUCAUCGAACCGUGCCGCUGCGCAGCUGGCAAAUGUCCGCCGGUUUCGUGCUUGCCGAACCAUCGGCUGAACAUCACCAGGAAAGGAAACGGCACCCCCGGUUCUUGUUGCGACCUCUUCGACUAUACGGUUCUUAUUUCUCUCAAUUACCACUUGAACCAUAAGAACCAAAAUCUAAUCGGAUAUGCGCUUCUCUUAUGCACAUCGCUUCAGUGUCUGUCAGGUCUCUUCAAGUCAUGUGUAAAAAUGGUUCCAUACCAGAAGUUCUGCCAUAAGGGUAUAUGCAUGUAA